AUGUCGACUGCGUGCACCACUGUACUGCAGAAUGGCAUAAAUAACAACGCCUUUAUGCAGAAGGACAGUAGUGAGAGAGAACCAAAUAGAAUUCCUCACGAACAGAAGCUACUGGCAACGUCCUCCGCGACAGAUAUUCACAGCACUCCCUCGCUUAUGUAUCCAUUCUUAGCGUUAAUUCUAUUUUGUCCGGUUGGAAUAAUAUCUUCGUGCCACUAUCAAAAAGCAAUCGCGGCGCACGAACGAGAAGACUUCAAGGUUGCUGGAGAUUAUGUGAUGAUAAGAGACUACGAUGUUUCACCGACACACAGGGGACUCCAAAACCUUUCAUAUCGUUGGUGUGGCUGCUCGCUACGAUUUUUCGUCUUUACGUUCGUGACCGUCACAUCAUUUACAAUUUUCUUUCUUUGGCUCAAAUAUAAUGAUAUUACCGCUUUUGACAAUCUGAUACAUCUGAACGCUUCAAAUAUUUACGCAGAUCGUCAGACAAAAGAAGAAAGGUACAUCGAUUUUGUCGAGAAGUGGGCUGAGGAGAACUGUACGAAACUGUGCGAUGAUUAUGGAGAGCUUGAUAAUGAUAGAACCUGGAACGGGGAACAAAAACGGUGCGAAUCGAGAACCAAAACAGACUACUCGAUCUGCCAAAGCUCAGUAGAACUGGGAUACCUGUGCGUACCAGACAUGAAACACAACCAAACCCUGGAAAUACUGUGUCCUGAGAGACCCAAAGAUCCAAAGGGAAAACGGAGAAGUGUUCAAUUUGUCUGUCAAAAAGACAAGACAACUCCUAAAGGACCACUGCCCUUCGCGAAACGCUACAAUACAACUUCUUUUCAUGAGAAUUGUCUUCCUUCAUUAAAAAACUUCUGGACGAUUCCAGACGAGCACGACGAAGAUUACCAACAAAUAAAUCCUAAGUUGACGGUUUUGUGCAAAGCGAUUAACGUUUUGGAAAUGUUUCCCGAAGUCGCUAAGAGUGUUUGGCUAAUGGUAUUCAUAGAAGCGGUUCUCCUCCAUACUUUGAUCUCAAAUCCGUUCGUCCAAUUAAGUCUUGACUUUGUGACGCGAUAUGCUCUCAUCGGAUGGACGUGUUCCAUAAUCCCCACAAUCGGCUGGGCGAUUCAGUAUUACGCGGAUGAGUCUGUGAGUUGCUUGCGAAAAGAAAACUCUGCUACUUUUCUCACUUUACUCUGGGUUGAGCUUCCCAUAUACGUCAUCGCCGCCACUAACUUCGUUCUCUUGAUGCAUAUUCUGUACAUGAUGUCACAGAAUAACCUUUCUGUUCCAAACCCGGAAGCAGAGUCAAGUACAGCUAUUCAGGAUAUCAGAAAGCUGGCAAAAGCAACAUUGGUUCUGGUUCCUCUUUUCGGUGUUCACGUUCUUGUGUCCAUCAUAAUCCCCUUCAAAAGGCUCUCAGAGUACGUUGAGCACUUUCUGAGAACGACAAUGCUCGUUAUAGACAGUCUAUCUGGCGUGAUCGUCGCCUGCUGUUACUGUUUUUUGAACGACGACGUUCUUAGCGAACUUCGACGCGUCUGGGAAAGACGAAAAUAUCACAAGCCAAUUGAAACUACUUAUGCACGCUCUACAGUUUCUCAGAGAAUUUCAUCCGAUCAGAGUUCUCUUGGGCGACUUCGUAACAGCCAACUGGAAAACCUCUACGUUACCUCAGAAGAAUAA